CUUCGAUAAUGCGGUCAGCGCAUUCACACACAAAGAAACAAAAUGGCGGCUGGCUGAUAAAAUAUCUUUUUCCUCGAAAGCCUUGCAGAUUUUCAGUAUGUCUUCCAAUGACUCUGACCUUGACCCUGACCUUGAUGUAGAGGAGCUGAAGAAUGAUCUGCAGGCGUCUGGCAAGGUCUCCUGCCCAUCCGAGGGAUGCAACGAUGAGUUCAUGUCCCUUUGGGGUCUCAAGUUCCAUCUCAAGAAAGGAUUUUGUAAUAAAUCAGGUGAUGAGAAUGCUUCUAGCCAAGGUUCCAAUAUGGCAAGUAUUGAGGAUGCAGAAAGUAUUGCUAUAAAAAAUAGCAGAAAAAGAGAACAAAAUCCGAGACAAGACAAAGACUCUGCUGACGUCACUAUGGUGCAAAGAAGAAGUGGGAGAAAAAUUACUCCAAGGAAAAAAAUAGAGAUGGAAAACAUAGAGCCCAAGAAAAAAAAGGAGAAGAAAUCUCAAGAAGUUGAGCAAGACUCAGAUGUUGACAGUGAUGGUGACAGUGUCGCCAACGAAGAUGACAUAGGACCUGUUGAGAUUGCUGCUGAUGUUGUUGUUGAGACAAAUACUGUUCCUGGACAAAUUGUAGAUGAAGUUUCAAAUGAUGGUGACAGUCUUUUAGCUGGUGAAGAUAAUAAAAGUGCCAAGAAAGCUCCUGGCAAAAAGAGACAAGCACAGAAGAAAACAGACAAAGCUGCAAAAAAUCCUGCAAAUAAGGAAGAAAAUGUGUCAGAAGAAAAUAAGUCAGAGAGGCAAAUAAUGGUGGCCAAGCUCAAGAAGCAAAUUAAGACCUGCAAGUACGUUAAAUGCCCCAAGUGUGGAAGGAAAUACACCACAGCUUUAGGAUGUGCUAUCCACUUUGAGAAGUGUGGGACUGUGAUGGAGGCAAGAGAAAAGUUGAAGUGUGAGGAAUGUGGAAAAGGGUACACCACGAAGGCAGGACUGAGGUACCACAUGAAUGCAGCCCAUUCAGAACCUGUGGAAGAGGUUGCAGAGGCAGAUGAAACAAACAAAGAUACUGCCAGAGAGGAAAUGAAUGAAACAACUGGGCGACGACAAAGGAAGUCAGCUUCCCGGGCGAUGGCCAAGGUGAAGGCUAUAGCAGAGAAGACCGUUUUACAAGUGUCCUCAAAAGGCAAGGGUCGGGAAAGUUACCUUGACAAGUUCAUCAAACAGCUAAGACCUGACAUUAUGACGCCGGAGCUACGAAUAAUGUUCCGUACUGAGCUUUCUGAGACAAGAAAAGCCACCUGUCCAAAUAAGGACUGCGGCAAAUCUUUCAAUACCUAUGAUGGCAUCAGAUACCACUUGGCUAACUGUGGAUAUGAUUCACUUGCCUAUGUGUGUAUACUAUGCCAGCAUGACUCUGCUUCACUGACGAACGCCCGGAGGCACAUAUCAUCAGUUCACACAGACGUGGAGGAGGAUCACAUGACAAGUGUGCUGAAGGAGAAGCUAGGCAAACAGCUGGACAUAAGCAACGAUGAUGACGAUGCGCGGGACCAUGACUUUGUGGUCCAGGAAGAGGAGCUGGUUGAGGUCAUCGAGGAGGACGAGGAGGAGGAGUCCAACAUGGAAGAUGUCGUGGAGGAAGAAUGGGAGAGCGAGGUUGAGGAAGAGACGCAUGUCUGGAGUGAUCACUUCCAGAAAUUCGUCAAAAGAGGGAAAAGAGGAACACCCCGUAGCAGGGUGGGCACGCCCCGUAGCAGGGUGGGCACACCCGGGGGUCGAUUCCUGUUAUCCUCCAGAAUUGCACAUUGCUACAUCAAACAAACCAGCCAAUGGCGGGAUAAGUUUUUGACAUGGGAGGAGGUCCUUAUGCAGUUCGUGCCAACACUUGCAAACUGGAUGCGGACAAAUCCAAGCGAGAUCCCAGAAUACUCCCCAGAGGCGACGGCAUCUCUUUCCUUUCACAUCGAGCGAGCCGGGAAGAAGCAAGUCUCAACCGAGCAUCAGCUUGCCCCACUCACAGGGCUCUCUCUAGAAGAAAGUGGUGAAUUCGGUGACCGGACAUUUUAUGUCGGGGGCCCUGUGUGGGCAAUGAGCUGGUGUCCAGUCCCCGAUAAAUGUAAUACCGCUGACCAGUACCUGUUAAUCGCAGCGCACAGGUCACAUGACAAGGAUCAUAAGUUGAACGAACUUUAUCGAGAGAAAGGAUUGCUUCAACUGUGGAAUAUGGGCAAACUCGACUGCAAAGAUGCAAUAUCGGGAAAUGACCCUCAUCUUUCUCUUAGCAUCACCCAUGGCUACGGUCCUAUUUGGCAGGCGUCAUGGUGCCCUGUAGGGGCGUGGCAACCUCCCGAUACUGUCACAGAAAAGAAGGGUGUGCUUCCUCGACUUGGGCUGCUUGCAUUGGCGUGUGGAGACGGCGUCGUCAAAAUAAUCAGUGUACCUCACCCCGAUAUUCUGCAUUCUCAAAUCAACGCGGAAAGUGUCAACGGUGAUAAGACGGGGACACUAGAACGUUUAAAUGUGUUCAUGAACGCGCGGUCUAGUGCAGAACUAGUCCCAGCCCCUCUCGGCACAACGUAUAACGGCACGCGCGGUCAGGCCUUUUGCGUGGACUGGAGCCAAGGUCCAAGGCAUGGAAGAGUAGCCGCUGGAUUCUACGAUGGUACAAUCUGCCUGUGGAAUCUCGAGACCGAGUCGCCUCUUUUAAGAGACUCGGGCGAAGAUGGCCUCUCCGUGCGCCUCUCUCCUUACAUAUACAUCAACGCGCAUGCGUAUGCAGUGCGCCACGUGGCCUGGUGCGAGACCGACUCGUCAUACUUGGUCUCAGGUGGCUGUGUGGAUAAACUUAUAAAAGUGUGGAAUUUGCAAGAUGUUAGGUUUCCUGUUCACUCAUCUAGAAAAGGUCAACUUCUCGAGCUUACCUGGCCUUCUAAUUCGCCGGGCUUUAUCUUCUCUGAAGACAAGAUCAACAGCAACAAACCUGGAUUGCGAUUGGCCACCUUAAGCACCCAGGGUCUUACCAGCUUUUGUAUAGACAGCGGCUCCGCGAUAUGGGGUUUCUCUGUGAGCCCAUGGAUGCAGCUAGAUGUGUCUGUUACCGCAGCUGGAGAGGUUCGACUCAAGAAACGCAAUACCCGCAAUGGGCCUUUUACAGUGUACAGCAUAGAUAUCGAAGAGAAAGCCUCCGCCGAUGGGCCAGCCAAUCAAAAUUCGACAAAGGAAAACCAAAAUGGUGGAACUGCGGCGAAGGCAUCUCAAGCAAAUAAAACCAAAACAAAGGGUACCCAAGCAACCACACAGGUAUCCCAAAGAAGUAAAAUCAAGGCACAUGCAUCCCAAAGUAAUCAGAGUGCAGCGCCGUCUCCCUGUGGUGUUACAGACGAGAGUACGCGGAUAGCGACAUAUGCUGAAGCCUUGAAAAGCUACCGACUUGUGUUCAAAGACGAGAACGCGUUCCAGUUCGCAGAUGAGUACCGCUGUGAGAGGAGUGCGCCGAGAGAUCCUCAAUUUGGAAAAAUCAAUUUAGAGGCGAUUCACAAGGUGCGAUGGAACCCUAACAAGCAAGCGGCCACGUGGUUGGCAACAGGUGGCGCGGCGGGACUGGUUCGAGUACACCUUGUCAAACGCUUAUAGCCAAGUAUCCAAGCAAGUCCCAGGCCCUCUAUGAUCUAAAACACGUAGGGAAGCAUGGGUACCAGAGGUCGGUCGCGCCAAGGUUUCUAAUAGUAUGUCACGGUGGUGAGGGACCAAUCAGUGAUUAUUGCUCUUUAUGCGAAGGAGGAAUAUUCAGACGAAACUCAAGAAUAUUCUUUUACACAUUAUACGCCUGGUUCGAUGUCGUGAAUUCGAGCACAGCCAAUAUGCGAGUCGAGCAAAACCAGAACAAGUGAAAGUGAUGCGGCGAUUGUUGUCCCCAACCUCUGUCAUUCGGGGAAGUAUCACUUUCUCCAAAAAUCGACCUGUAAUAUGUUAUUUUGCUAAUUUUAUACCAAGUUCGUGCUUUUAAUGAUGAAGAACUAUUCGGUCUCAACAUUAUUAAUAAAAAGCUUUAUUACAAUUUUGUACAGUGAUAUUUAAUAUGUGAAAUAAAUAUUUAUAAUUUCA